AUGAGUCCUUACGCCUCCACCGGCACCUACAGCAGCCCUGCGCCUCAGUGCUCGGACCGACGCCUCAGUAGAUGUCAGUAUACCCCAAGAACUGAGGUCACGACGGCACCAGCAGAACCAGCGGCAUCAGUGCAAAGUGGUUUCACCGACACAGAGGUUGACACGAGCUGUUAUGUCACAGGGGUCGGUGCGAUGAGAGUUGCGUUGCCCAUUGUUCCGGUCAAGGUCAAGGCCAAGGGUAGUGGUGUAUGCAUCGACACUUAUGCACUCUUGGACAGUGGGUCCACGAGCACUUUCUGCACAGAAGAGUUGGUAAAGCGACUGAAAAUCUGCGGUCAACAGCAGCAAUUGUCUCUCACAACAUUGGCAGGGGCAAACGUGCAAACAGCGACAACUGUCAUCAGUCUGACAGUUAGCGGUAUCGACUGUGAACAACCAGUUGAACUUCCGUUGGUGUAUACAAGACGUGAGCUCCCUAUCCAUGAUGCUAACUUAGCCAAGCAAGAGGACAUUGAAAGAUGGCCUCACCUGCAAGGUAUCAAGCUGCCACAAGUUGACAAAGGUCGAGUACAGCUGUUGAUUGGGCAAGAUGUUCCAGAAGCGCUGACACCAUUAGAAGUCAAGAAGGGUGAGAGGAAUGCCCCAUAUGCGACAAGAACACAGCUCGGAUGGUCGCUGAAUGGAGCACUGGGAAUGGCGAACAAGCACACAGCCACAUCCAACUUCAUUGCAGCCCACGACAGUUUAGAGAGACAACUAAAGAUGUUCUGGAAGUUGGACACGACUGAUUCCAUUCACGAUGACACCAAGGGGAUGUCGGUGAAGGACAAGCAGGCUAUUGCGAUAUGGGAAGAAACUGUUCGUCUCACAGAUGGGCACUACGAGUUGGCGAUCUCAUUUAAGAAUUAUCCUCCGCGCUUGGUUGAUAAUCGCACUGUUGCGGAACGACGUCUUUUAUCGUUGGGCAAGCGGUUGCAAAGAGACACACUGCUGCACACUAAGUACACAGAAGGCAUGAAGGAUCUCAUCAACAACGGUUAUGCAGAAAGUGUUCCAGAAGAGGAAGUUCAUUCCUCGAACAGCACCGUGUGGUAUCUCCCACAUCACCCGGUGUACCAUCCAAAGAAGCCUGAUAAGGUUUGCAUAGUAUUCGACUGUGCGUCUAAGCAUUGCGGAACAUCACUCAACGACGAGGUGCUUAGUGGACCAGAUUUGACCAACAUGCUGUUGGGGGUACUCGUGAGGUUUCGGCAAGAGACAGUGGCACUUAUGGCUGAUGUCCAAGCCAUGUUCCAUCAGGUCAAAGUCACUCAGAAAGAGCGAGAUGUCUUGAGAUAUCUGUGGUGGUCUGAUGGCGACAGCUCUCGACAACCGAGUGUGUAUAGGAUGACUGUACACCCCUUCGGUGGUACAUGGAGUCCAAGCUGUUGCAUCUUCGCUCUGCAACGUACCGCUGAGGAUAAUCGAGCAGACUUCCAACCCAACACAGUCGACACAGUCAUGCGUAAUUUUUACGUGGACGACUGUUUGAAAUUUGUCGCCAGUGAAGAGAAAGGAAUUCAGCUGGCACAGGAACUCCGUAGCCUUCUAGCUAGAGGAGGUUUUAGGUUGACAAAGUGGGUAAGCAGCAGCCCACAAGUUCUUGCGAAGGAUGUUAAGGAGCUCGAUCUGAACUACGAGGCAUUACCGACCGAGAGAGCUAUCGGAAUGAAGUGGGAUGUUGAACUGGACUGUUUUGGCUAUAAAAUCAGUCCCAGCGACAAGACAUUGAUAAGAAGAGGAAUACUUAGUGUCUGCAGUUUUAUCUAUGAUCCACAUGGGUUUGUGAGUCCGUUCACUCUGAGGGCCAAGGUUAUCAUACAGGAUCUAUGCCGCAGAAAGCUAGGCUGGGUUGAGUCACUUCCAUCAGAGCACCGCAUCAGUUGGCAACAGUGGAAACAAGAACUACCCGAGAUAGAACAGUUCAGGGUGAAUAGGAGUAUCAGGCCUUAUGGUUUUGGAAAGGUAGUCAAAUACCAACUGCACCAUUUCUCGGAUGCAUCAGAAGUAGCUUACGGAGCGACAACCUACUUGCGACAAGCAGUCUUGCCUUCUCUUGGCCAAGUCACAUCUAGGCCCCCUGAAAAAGAUGACGAUACCAAGGUUGGAAUUGAUGGGUGCGACACUCUCCGUCAAACUUGA